GAAUAUAGUUUAGAGGAUUAAACGAUCGCCGACCGCCGUACAGUGUUCAGAAUCUAGUAUGCUCUUAUGAACUUUGAUUGAACUGCUGCAUUAUUUUAAGUCUAAUACGAAAAGAGACUAUUUCAAUAUGGUUCAUUUCAAUGCUAUUGUAAUCGGAACGUUAGUACUUUUAGUACUUUGUGAACGCUCUAUGUCUUUGGAAGAAAAACAGAGAAAGUCUAAAAAGUUUAAAAAUAAAAUCCAUGGUUUUACAAAAGAUGAUAUAGAAAACAUUAUGGUUAAAGCAGCCCAAGACGAAAAAGAAAUGAAUGCGGCACCAUACCAGGUGGAUAUAUCACAAAAUCUGGAAAUGCCUGUCGAACAACAAAGUCCUUGUCAAAAAAAUCACUGUGGUGCCGGUCGUGUAUGUAAGUUAACUGAAGCUGGUGAAGCGGAAUGUGUUUGUAUUUCAGACUGUCCUAUUGAAACAGAUGAUAGAAGAAAGGUUUGUUCAAACUAUAAUGAAACAUGGGGUUCUGACUGUGAAAUUCACAGAAUGCGUUGUAACUGUGAAGAAAAUACAGAGAAAUGCAAAAAUCCAGAAUUUGCUCAUCUGCAUGUAGAGUACUAUGGUGUUUGUAAACAAUUAGCUAAAUGUUCCGAUUCUGAAAUGGCCGAUUUUCCAAGGAGAAUGAGGGAAUGGCUAUUCCAGAUAAUGCAAGAUUUAGCUGAAAGAGAAGAACUUAGUCCUCAUUUCACAAGAAUGAUACGAGAUGCAGAGACAAACAUGACAAAACGUUGGAGUAAUGCUGCAGUUUGGAAGUGGUGUGAUUUGGAUGGCCACCCACAUGAUAAGGCUGUAUCAAGACAUGAACUGUUCCCAAUUAGAGCACCACUUUUGUACUUGGAACAUUGUAUAGCUCCAUUUUUAAAUAAAUGUGAUGCUGAUAAUGAUCACAUGAUUACACUUAAAGAGUGGGGUAAUUGUUUGGAAAUACCUUAUGAAAUAUUGGAAGAAGAAUGUGAUGACUUACGUUAUGAUCUUAACUAACAAAUAUUGUUAUAAAAUAUGUUUACAGAAGGCAAUUUUAUUUAAAAAUUAUUUAAUGAGUAUAACAUUUUUGUA